GACCUUUCCACUUAGAAGCUGAUGCUGGCACCAUCUCCUACAGGCAGGCCUUGCCCCUUGCUUCUCAGGAACUCCGUCAUUCAGGGGGUUUGGGGAAGAUGGCUCAGUAGACACAGUACUUAAGCAUGAAGACCAGAGUUCUGAUCCCAGAACCAAUGCAAGUGCUAGGUGGAUGUGACCUUGCCUACCUGUGGUCCCAGAGCAGUAAGGUGGCUAGCUAAUUAUACCAAUAUUGGUGAGCUCAGGGUUCAGUUGAGAGACCCACCUCAUUGAGUGAGAUGGAGAGUGGUCUAGGAGGAUCCUGACCUCCGCCUUGGGCCUCCACACCCAUGAUACACGUGUGCACUCACGUACAAACAUGGACAUACUCCACACAUCUAACUUCAUACCGUCCAAAAGCUAGUAUUUGUCCUCCACUUAGUUAAGUGCAUGCUUUCUGAGGGGUUGAGUUUUGAAGGACAGAGCAUGGAAGUUGUGAUACCAGUGAUAAGAGACCCUCCUAGUCUGGCUGCUUGCUGUCCCCAUGUAGCAGCAGGGAAGCAGCCCAGGCUGUGCUGUUAGUUCCCCUGUGAGUUGACAUUCGAUGCUUUGCUGAGGUGUGGAGACAUUAGUGUAUAUACUUCCUUGGAUUCAGCCUAGACGUUUGACUCUUCAGAGAAUCCAUGCUCCUCUAAAGCCACUACUUUUGAAAAUCUAAACCACCAGAGGCCUUUUUCUUCCUCUUCCCGUCCCCAGUUUCCACUGCUCUGAUUAAAACCAGAAUGGGAAGCAUUUGCUGGCUGGUCCCAAUUAUUGUACCCUUGCCUAAAAUGAAGGGCCUCCCUCCCUCCAAAAAUCUGGCAGUCUUGCCUCCCCACCUUUCCCCUACUUAACUCUCGGGCCUCCACCCAUUCCCUGGGGUUGCUACUGCUGCUGGUAGCUGGAGGCAGCACAUGGAUCUGGCUGCCCUGCUGGGACUUGCAGAACCAAACGGGCUAGGGGCCAAAUUCCUCAGUCUCCUUGGAAAGAGAGCAAUGGUACCAUCCCAUCACGGGUGAUAAAGAACCACCAGAGGAAAGAAUGGCAGACGCGCUCUGGCUCCUGAACCAGGACUCGUUUAGCCAGCCAAUAGCUUAGGCUGCCUUCAAAUGCAACACUGUGGGGUUGAGGGUAGGCACCUCUUAAGACCUGACAGGCUACUGGCCACCAGCAGUCAAAUUCCAGGGCGAGUGCGCCUAGGGCGGGGCCUGGGCUGUAGGGAGGGCCGGGCCGCCCCCCACUCGCACUCCUGGCUCCCGCGCCACACCGCAGAAGCUGGGUGGGAAGGGAGGGUGCUAGCGCACGCGCGCCACGCUCCCAGGGACAAGCCUUCUCCGAGUCCGACCAAGAUCAGUGUUUCAGGAAGGACCACCCGGAGUGUAUGCGUGCCGCCGGGGUGGACCAGAGGAAGAGGGUACCAUGGCGGUCCUCUUGCUGCUGCUGCCCCUACUCUUGCUGCUGCCUCUGCUGCUGAAGCUGGACCUCUGGCCUCAGCUGCGCUGGCUGCUGGCGGACCUGGCCUUCACAGUGCGCGCCCUCCGCUGCAAAAGGGCCCUUCGAGAUCGCGCGCUGGCUGCAGCGGCCGCAGACCCGGAGAGCCCUGAGGGCGGCUGCAGCCUGGCCUGGCGCCUCACGCAUCUGGCCCGGGAGCGUCCCACGCACACCUUCCUCAUUCACGGAGCACGGCGCUUCAGUUACGCAGACGCAGAGCGCGAGAGCAAUCGGGCUGCCCGUGCUUUCUUGCUCGCACGCGGCUGGGCUGGGGGCCGCGGCGGCUCUGGCACCGGCAGCACCGAGGAAGGCGCACACGCGGCGGCGUCUGCUGUCGGAGACUCGGCGGCUGGAGGAGGGACGACCGCUCCCGCUCUGGUACCCGGGGCGACUGUGGCGCUGCUUCUUCCCGCGGGCCCGGAAUUCCUAUGGCUUUGGUUCGGACUGGCCAAAGCCGGUCUGCGCACGGCCUUCGUGCCCACCUCCCUACGCCGAGGACCCCUGCUCCACUGCCUCCGCAGCUGCUGUGCAAGCGCGCUGGUGCUGGCGCCAGAGUUCCUGGAGUCCCUGGAGCCUGACCUGCCGGCUAUGAGAGCCAUGGGACUCCACCUGUGGGCGACAGGCCCUGAAACUCAUCUUGCUGGAAUCAGCAAUUUUCUGUCUGAGGCAGCAGCCCAAGUGGAUGAGCCAGUGCCUGGGUACCUCUCUGCCCCCCAGAGUAUAAUGGACACCUGCCUGUACAUCUUCACCUCUGGCACCACUGGCCUGCCCAAGGCCGCUCGCAUCAGUCACCUGAAGGUCCUGCAAUGCCAGGGGUUCUACCAGCUGUGUGGAGUCCACCAGGAGGAUGUGAUCUACCUCGCGCUCCCACUGUACCACAUGUCUGGCUCCUUGCUGGGCAUCGUGGGCUGCUUGGGCAUCGGUGCCACGGUGGUGCUAAAGCCCAAAUUCUCAGCUAGCCAGUUCUGGGAAGAUUGCCAGAAGCACGGAGUGACAGUGUUCCAGUACAUUGGGGAGUUGUGCCGAUACCUUGUCAACCAGCCCCCGAGCCAGGCAGAACAUGGCCACAAGGUCCGGCUUGCAGUGGGCAGUGGGCUGCGCCCAGACACCUGGGAGCGUUUUGUGCGGCGCUUUGGACCUCUGCAGAUAUUGGAGACAUACGGGAUGACAGAGGGCAAUGUGGCUACUUUCAACUACACCGGCCAGCAGGGUGCUGUGGGACGCGCCUCCUGGCUUUACAAGCACGUCUUCCCCUUCUCCUUGAUUCGAUAUGAUGUCAUGACAGGGGAGCCUAUUCGGAAUGCCCAGGGGCAUUGUGUGGCCACAUCUCCAGAUGAGCCAGGGCUACUGGUGGCCCCAGUAAGUCAGCAGUCCCCUUUCCUGGGCUAUGCUGGGGCUCCAGAACUGGCCCAGGGGAAGCUGCUGAAGGAUGUCUUCCGGCCUGGGGACGUUUUCUUCAAUACUGGGGACCUCUUGGUCUGUGAUAAGCAAGGCUUUCUUCACUUCCAUGAUCGUACCGGAGACACUUUCAGGUGGAAGGGGGAGAAUGUAGCCACAACUGAGGUGGCAGAGGUCCUCGAGGCCCUGGACUUCCUUCAGGAGGUGAACGUCUACGGAGUCACUGUGCCAGGGCAUGAAGGCAGGGCUGGCAUGGCAGCCUUGGCCCUGAGGCCCCCACAGGCUUUGGACCUUGUGCAGCUCUACGUCCAUGUUUCUGACAACUUGCCGCCUUAUGCCCGACCUCGAUUCCUCAGACUCCAGGAAACUUUGGCCACUACCGAGACCUUCAAACAGCAGAAGGUCAGGAUGGCAGCUGAGGGCUUUGACCCCAGUGUGCUGUCUGACCCUCUCUACAUUCUGGACCAGGAUGUGGGCGCUUACUUGCCCCUCACACCUGCCCGGUUCAAUGCUCUCCUAUCUGGAGACAUUAGAAUCUGAGACUUCACCUUAAGGGAGGAGCUCUGGGGGCACAGGCCACCAUGGCUGUAUCAGGGAUUUGGGGGUAUCUUUUGUAUAUGGAAUCAUUAUCAUUUUAUAAUAAACAGCUAGACCUUAUCUGGCUCA